AUGGCUCCUAAAAAGAUUCGUUGCAAUGCCAAGGACUGCCGUGAAGCCGCCCAACGCAUCGUCGGCGACUGCGGCUUCUGCAACGGCCACUUCUGCGGCAAGCACCGCCUAUUAGAGGAUCACAAGUGCAGCGGCCUCGAAGACUGCAAGAAGCAGUCACACGAGCGCAACGCUGCCCAGCUCGAAUCGGAACGAACCCAGGUCAUUCGUGGCGUCUAA